AUGUAUAUCUACUGUGGCAUAAUGUUAUGUUCCCCUCUUAACAUUCCGUACUCCCAAGUUUCUGAUGUUUUAUGGUUGCAUGCACAGAAAUCAUAUGAAACUAAGCAGUAUAAGAAAGGGCUGAAGGCCGCAGAUUCCAUAUUAAAGAAGUUUCCCGAACAUGGAGAAACUUUAUCGAUGAAAGGUUUGACACUAAAUUGUAUGGAUCGGAAAUCUGAAGCAUACGAGCUUGUUCGCCGUGGCUUGAAGAAUGAUCUGAAGAGUCAUGUGUGCUGGCAUGUGUAUGGUUUACUUUACAGAUCAGAUAGAGAAUACAGAGAAGCUAUAAAAUGUUACAGAAAUGCUUUGAGGAUCGACCCAGACAAUAUUGAAAUUUUGCGUGAUUUGUCACUUCUCCAGGCGCAAAUGAGGGACUUGUCUGGCUUUGUUGAGACUAGACAACAGCUUCUGACAUUAAAGCCGAACCACCGCAUGAACUGGAUUGGCUUUGCCGUAUCUCAUCAUUUGAGUUCCAACUCUUCAAAGGCAAUAGAAGUACUGGAGGCAUAUGAGGGGACACUGGAAGAUGAUUAUCCCCCAGAAAAUGAGCGGUAUGAGCAUGGUGAAAUGCUUUUGUAUAAGAUAUCGUUGCUUGAGGAAUGUGGGAUGCUGGACAGAGCCCUUCAGGAGAUGCACAAGAUGGAGAGUAAAAUUGUUGAUAAGCUCUCAUUCAGAGAACAAAUGGCCUGCAUUUUGUUGAAACUUGGCCGUUUUGAGGAGGCAGAGAAAAUAUAUAGGUCCCUCCUUUUUAUGAAUCCUGAUAACUACAAGUACCUCAUAGCUGUGCAGAAGUGCCUUGGCCUAUACUCUGAAAAUGGUCAUUAUUCCGCUGAUGAUGUUGAACGAUUAAGUGCAUUAUAUAAAUCACUCAAGGAAGAAUAUAGUUGGUCAUCGGCUGUUAAGCGCAUACCUCUUGAUUUCCUAGAAGGUGAGAAAUUCCAGGAGGCAGCAGAUAAUUAUGUCAGACCACUAUUAACCAAGGGAGUGCCGUCACUUUUCUCUGAUUUAAGCCCGCUUUAUGAGCAUCCUGGCAAGGCAAACAUAUUGGAGCAAUUAUUUCUUAAGCUAGAAGAUUCAAUUAGGACUUCUGGAUGCUUUCCUGGAAGUUCGCAGAUGGAACCUCCAUCCACACACAUGUGGACUCUGCUGUUGGUUUCUCAGCACUAUGACAGAAGGAGCCAGUAUGAUAUUGCUCUGGAUAAAAUUGACGAGGCCAUUUUACACACGCCAACUGUCAUUGAUUUGUACUCCAUAAAGGGGAAUAUUUUGCAACAUGCUGGCAAUUUUUCUGCAGCAGCAGCAUUAGCGGAUGAAGCUAGGUCCAUGGACCUUGCUGAUCGUUAUUUAAACAGCGAGUGUGUAAUGCAGAUGCUUCAAGCUGAUCAGGUCGGGCUAGCUGAGAAGACUGCUGUCUUGUUUACAAAAGAUGGAGAUCAGCACAAUAAUCUCCAUGACAUGCAGUGCAUGUGGUAUGAACUUGCUUCUGGCGAGAGUUAUUUUCGUCAAGGUGAUCUUGGCCGGGCUCUGAAAAAUUUCUUAGCUGUUGAAAAGCAUUACACUGAUAUGACUGAAGAUCAGUUUGACUUCCAUUCAUAUUGCUUGCGGAAGAUGACACUUCGGGCGUACGUUUCUAUGCUGAAGUUUCAAGACCGUUUGCAUGCUCAUGAAUACUUUCACAAGGCUGCUGCAGGGGCUAUCAGGUGUUACAUGAAAUUACAUGAUUCUCCAUUAAAAUCAUCUGCUGAGGAGAAUGAUGAGUUGUCAAAACUGCCAGCUGCCCAGAGGAAGAAGUUGAGGCAAAAACAGAAGAAGGCAGAAGCUCGAGCUAAAAGGGAGGCUGAAGAGAAACAAGAGGAUGAAACAACUUCAACCAACAGUUCGAAAUCUGGGAAGAAACAACAAGCAAGGCCAGUUGAUUUGGACCCACACGGUGAAAAAUUGGUCCAGGUUGAAGAUCCACUUGCAGAAGCCACAAAAUAUUUGAAGCUUCUGCAGAAUAACUCGUCAGAUUCAUUAGAAACUCAUAUACUUUCAUUUGAACUGAACAUGAGAAAGCAAAAGGUUUUACUCGCUUUUCAGGCGGUCAAGCAGCUCAUUAAAUUGGACGAAAAUAAUCCAGACAGUCACCGAAGUUUGAUAAGAUUCUUCCAUAGGAUAAACAAUCUUCCGGCCCCAGGAACUGAUUCUGAGAAAUUAAUAUGGAACGUUCUGGAAGCUGAAAGACCAGAUCUAAGGCAAUUACACGGGAAAUCUCUUGUUGAAGUAAAUAUAAACUUCCUUGAAAAGCACAACGCUUCUUUGACACACAGAGCAGCUGCAGCUGAAAUGAUGUACCUCUUGGAGCCGGAUAAGAAGCUGCAGGUGAUUAAAUUAAUUGAAGACUCAACAAAUAACACAGCAUCAGGAAAUGGUGUGCUUGGUCCCAUUAAGGAAUGGGGCAUUCAAGAUUGUAUUGAUGUUCAUAAAUUGCUGGAUACUGUUUUUGCUGAUCAGGAUGUUGCAAACAGGUGGAAGGUACGCUGUGCUGAAUAUUUUCCUUGCUCAACCUACUUCGAAGGCGCGAAAAGUGCUAUUACUGCACAUAUUCCCGGCAGUACUUCCGAGAGUUCACCAGAAAAUGGAGAUGUACCAAGCCCACAAGCAAAACUUGAGGGAGACAGACACAGUUUGAAUGGGACCGUGCAUGUUGUGGAUGAUCUGAGCAACCUUAGCAUGAGGUAA